AUAAUACACAAGACUACCAGAAAUACAAUAAAAUACUAUCCAUAAAUCUCGAAUAUUAGUAGUAUAAAAUUCAUGUUACUAUGCACUAGCUUCGAAUCCAGAGAACUUUUAUUUUAAAAAAAACUUUGUGCGAUGGAAGGAACUGCUGAAGAGGGGAAGGUGGUGGUGGUGAGUAGAGAGGAAAGAGACGGUGCUUAUGGUGAUUACAGUUGCGGUAAUAUACUGCUUUGCAAGUAUCCCUUGCAUGAAGUUGUGAGAGCUUUGUUCUUCAAGUGUUUUGGUUUUGAAACUAGUCAUCAACCAGCUGCUGUAAAAGAGACAGAGCCUUCAACAACUGAGCCUGUUUCUUCGUCUGCUGAUCCUGGACCAACUGUGACUUCUGGAGACAUGGCGAUGCGUUUCCGACCGCCUCCAAGAAGACCGGUCACCAGAGGAAGUGGACCUGAGACUAAUUCUACAGGAAGUGCUUGAGCUAGUUUUAUCUCAAUAAUAGUAGUAAAAGUUUUUUUGUUUUUGUUUUUAUGUGCUUGGAUUCAAUUUGCAAUAAUGUCGCUGCCCAGUUUAAUUGAUGGUAUGUCUUGAAUUAUGCUCAGCACUCUUAAGUCUUAACUUGAAUGUA